CGCCAUUUGUCAAACCAAAAAUCGAUUGUCGAUUAUCAAACCAAGUCCGAAGUUGAAGCUGCCGAUCUGCUACUAUGUUAGUGGUGUAACUUGCUAACAUCGAAUAAUCGUAGCUGAUCGUAGCACGUUGGGACGCCAGUUAACGAUCAAAAACGAGGAUACAUAAAAGGUAGUUGUUUGUUGUAUCGAUAUCAGUAGUAUUUACAUAAGGGGAAUAGAAUAAUCGAACCGCAUCGACUUUGUUCAGAGGUGAUUCUAAAUAAGAUUGAUAGAGCACGAUGCCACCCCGAAAAACCGCGAAACAUGCUGAUGCGGAGGUUGUAGACAGAGUCGCAGAAGCCGGCGAUUUAUCGCCUCCGAAAAGAAAAAAAAUUUCGGCGAAGACUGCGAGUAAAAGCGACGAAGAGAAGCAAGUGCGAUUGCCAAGAGCCGCGAAAUCGGCGAAAAUCGAGCAAACUGAUAUCGCCAACACCGCGCCGGUCGUAACUAAAAAUGCAAAACCGGUGAACAAGACUAUGUCCGCCAAAAAUGUUCCAACGAAAGCGAACUCAAAAGUUAAGGCAUCGGCUGCUAGGAAAACCAAAGACGUCGAGGAAACUGCCGACACGGGUUCAUCAAAAUCAAAAUCUAGGGAGAAAGCCAAAAAAGGUAUAGCUGAGAGUAUAGAAAGUUUAGAAGUACCGACUACAAAAAAGACAAAGCAGGCUAAUACUAAAGCAGUAUCUAAGGAAAAUAAUACAAAGGCAAAAGCAACUAGGAAGAAAGCCGGAGUUGAUAAUGAUGUAAAAGAAAAGCCAAGUGCGGUUGUAAGAACAACGAAAAAAGUAGCUAGUAACAAACCUGUGAAAGCUACUUCAAGGAACACAAGAGGUCGCAAGAAUAUGGUCAGUCCUGAAGAUGCAUCAAAAGAUGAAGACGACUCAAAAGUAACAGGAGAAUCAUCCUCUUCAGAAGCUGUUAAUACUAGCGACAACGAGAAUCAAGAGGUCCAGAGUAAUCAAUUGGAAGGAACAGAGUCUAUUCAAUUAACAAAAAGAGGAAAGAAUGUGAAAAAGAAGGAGGAAACAGCACAGCAAAAGAAAGUUACCAAAAAUCGUGGCAAGACUGUUAAUCAUAACAACAUACCGAAAUCCUUGGAAGAAAAUAAUCAUAAAGAGGAAGACUCUGAACAGGAAGAAACGAAAAUAACGAAAAGUUCAGAAAUGGUAGAAAAAGCAGAUGAAGCUACAACGAAGAAGGAAGUUAAUGAAAAUAAUGUAAUGAAUUCACCAGUAAAUGAAGAAGAAAAUUAA